CCAUAUUUCAUCAUACCACAGCAAUAACGUUCUCACCAUGAAUCCCACAAAUUUAUCUAAUCAGCCCCUGUUCUUUGAGGUUAUAUUGUGUACCAGUUUUAUCAAUUUGUGACCUUACGAUAAACACAUAAAGUUAAUGCAUUAUUUGGUUGUGUGAACAAUGUCGUAUCCUAAAGAGCAUCCUAGAAAUUUAAUUCCAGAAUUGUGUCGGCAAUUCUAUGAUUUGGGAUGGGUCACUGGAACAGGAGGUGGAAUUAGCAUUAAAUAUGGGGAUGAAAUUUACAUUGCCCCUUCUGGCGUACAAAAAGAACGUAUUCAAUCAGACGAUUUAUUUGUUCAGAAUAUCCAUGGAGAAGACCUACAAUUACCUCCAGUAGAAAAGAAGUUGAAGAAAAGUCAGUGUACUCCAUUGUUUAUGUGUGCUUACACAAUGAGAAAUGCAGGAGCUGUUAUCCAUACUCAUUCUAAAGCAGCUCUGAUGGCAACGUUGCUAUUUCCUGGAAAAGUAUUUAAAUGUUCACAUCUCGAAAUGAUAAAAGGAAUUAAAAAUCAGAAAACGGGUGUUAAUCUUCGUUAUGAUGAUACCUUGGUGGUACCCAUUAUUGAAAAUACUCCUUUUGAAGAAGAUCUAAAAGAUAGGCUUGCAGAAACAAUUGCCAAUUAUCCCGAGACAUGUGCUGUUCUUGUGCGUAGGCAUGGGGUUUAUGUUUGGGGUGACACUUGGCAGCAGGCAAAGACUAUGACUGAGUGUUAUGAUUAUUUAUUUGAUGUCGUUGUACAACUGAAGAUACAUCAAAUGGCUCCAUUAGUGGGUGCUGUUUGAAUACACGGCAAGGUGUUAUUUUCUAUAUAAACAAAAUAUACGUUUUUAAUUUUA